GAAUUAUCACUUAUUUUUCACAUUGCAACCAACGAGCAUCCUGUAUGUUAAUGUGAAUAGUCCGGGUAUCCAUAAUCCCUACUAUCCUGAGAUAAAUACACUGAUAAUUAUAAGUAGUCAAAAUGAUUUGCUAAGCAGGAACUGUCAGAAUAGUGCCAUUUAAGACAGAUGGAACUCGAUGAGUAUAAAUGAACGCAUUCUGUUUGGACUUCGAAUUGGCAGCGGAAUAAACUAUAAAGGAGUCAUCAAUUAGUACAAAUACCGUGUUUCUCCACUCAAUUUUAGUUUACUAUCAUUACCUUAUCUAAUAUUUUUUUCAUUCGGCUUGCCUAUCAGUUUUGAUGAUAUUUCACACAAUCUCAUAGUUGCCUGCUUAUCAGACUGAUCUCAGUUUACAAUUUUGAUAUCGAUCACUUCUCUCUAUAGCCCUAAUAAGAGUGUAUUGAAUUAAAUGUCUAUCGUUUCUACCUUAUUCAGCAUACUUUAGUAGCAUUAGCCCCGAAUCUAAAAAGCGUUUUUUUUGUUUGCAGAAUGAUUAUUGGUUAACUUAUAAAGCACUAUCUCGGUAAAUAUGUAAUAAUUAGUCAGAUUUAAAUGGUUUUCAACUUUCAUUUGCAAGUCUGAUAAAAAUAUUGUCUAAAUUGAGUUUACUCAAAUUCUGUUUUCUACUAAUCAAAAUAAUCAUUUAUUUAUUGAUUAGGGCUUUAUGUAAUUGACAAGGCAUCAGUGCAACAAUUUCCUCUUAAGCUGAAAGUUGGUUUGAUCUAUUAUAUUCGACUAUCUCUGUCUCUGGCCAGUAAAUUUUGGUUAGAUAUCUCUAUAAAUACCUUUACCUUUUUGAUGAUAGUUGUAUACAUUUUCCAAGUUGCAACUCCACAACAUAAAACACCCUUAUCUUUUACAAAUUGUUUGCUUUUCCCUAAAAUUAACAGCGAAUUGUCUACUUCCCUCCAAUAUUAACAUGUCAAAUAGUCAACUUUUUGCAAAACCUAACGGACUAGUUUACUACCGCUUGUGCACUUAUAAAGUUCGUCUUUAAUAUCUUAAGACAAUCAAGUUAUCUUCUCACUCAAACAGUGGUUUAUGUGAAAACAAUUUCUAAACAUGUUUUACAUAAAGUUGUCAAUGUUUACAUGGGGGUGACGGUUAAACGUCAACACUUUAACUUGGAGAAAAAAGUUAUCUCCAUUCCAUGAUCUAAAAAAAAGCAAUUAAUGCAUAGUUUACGCAUGUUUAUUCAGAAAGCUUUUUAGUUUAGACGAAAUAAAAAUGCAUACCAACGUUUACCUGCUACAUCUGGUUCGUUCCAACUCAUUCGACGCACGUGAGAAUGUUAAUGAUUUCUUAAAAAUGAUUAAUUUGUCAAAAAAGGAUAGCAUUGUAGAAAAUGGACGAAAUAAUAGCGCUGUCAGUGAUAAGCAGCGUUUUCGUCACUUCGAUUCUGAAGUGUCACAGCUGUAGACAGUUCAGAUGUGGUUUUGUAAAAUGCUCAUUACAAAUUCGUUAUAGAAUAAGGUAAGACUUAUUGUGAUAUUUCAAAGAGCGGAUUCCGGGUUUAAAGUUGAAUGGAGGUUGCGAUCACAGCGUGAGAACUUAGUAAAUUUAUAAUUUAUACACAAGAAUAUUCUUGAGUUUUUAUUCAUCUUUUAGCCCCAAUCGGCUAAAAAUGAAUAAAUCAGUAUGCUUCAACAUUAUCCUGCACGGAACAUAUAUUAAUACAAUAUGUGUCCUGUUGAAAUCUCUCUUUUGAGCAGAUUAGUGGGACAUAGCGUUGUGGUCCGCUCGCAUCCGCGUUCCUUGCUUUUGAGCUGUCUACCUUCUAGGCAGUCAAAAAAUAGUAUCACUCUUCGUUCGCGCAGAGACUGGGUUGGCCGUUUCCGGGGGCUUGAUUUCAAAAGUGUGUAAUAGAAUAAUAUGAGGUAUUUCACAUCGGUUGUCGAAGUUGCUUUCAGGUGGUCAUCAUGGUGUAACCAAACUUCUGAGCCGACUACUGCCUCAUUAAUGAGAUUUCCUUUCCUUUGCAUGAUUCGAUCGACUAUCCCUGUAGGAUGUUCAUAGCCAGUACUUUUUGACCCAUAGUGAACAAUCGACAUUAUGGGGCAAAAAGACUCACAUGAGUUGAAAGCUGACUUUUCUCCAUAUCUAUUCAUUAGCUUUAUUAUUACUGCCAAAUGUGUGUUUUAUGGCAGUAAAACUUCGAUUUAAACAUGACUUACUAGGUCUGAAAAUUACAUUCCAAAUUUUGUCAACAGAGACGUUUGUACCUAGUCUUUACCUCGUUUGUAAACCCAAAGAAGUUACCCUCGAACUUUGUUUUUUAUCCCUUUUCUCAGGAUAUAGUGUUAGGAUUGAACCGAUCCGAUUAUAUGCUUCAUGUACAAGGAGAUUUAUGCGAUACUAAACGGACUUUUCUUGCGAACCGGUUACAAAGUACAGUAGUAGCCGCUCAAUCUGAUAUUGAGACUCAAGAUGAAGCUUGGGAUAGCUUGUUGAUUCGACAAGUUGAAUUCAAUAUGAUUGCAUGUAGCUUUUGUGGUCUUGCUCAGCGUAUUGUUCCACAACAUCGUAUUUCCUUAUCUUUGCAUGGAAUUUCAAGCGAUUUAAAUAAUCGUGUACCUGAUUGCUUUUCUGCUGAUAGAUUUAGCGAAGCUUUAUUAUCUGCUUGUCGUAUGUAUGUCGAAGAUUGCUCUAGAAGAAAUUUAAUCACGUCAAACAUAUCUAUUCUUGUAGUUGUUGGUAAGAAUGAAAAAAAUAUUUAUGAUCAACGAGCAUUGUUUGGUUGUCUUCUACUGAAAAAUCCUAAAGUGAAUGUGUUAUAUCAUUCAUUUGAUUAUCUAAAAACUGGUCUAAAAUUGGAUGUGAAUUCCCGUUUAUUUGUAGACAAUCAAGAGGUAGCUGUUGUAUAUUUUAGAACUGGCUAUACUCCAGAUGCUUUCCCUGAUGACGAAACAUGGGAUGUGAAAUAUCAACUUGAACGGUCGUUAGCUAUCAAAUGCCCAUGCAUACAAUAUAUGCUUGCAAAUACAAAAAUAAUACAGGCCGCCAUAUCAAAACCGAAAUAUUUAUCUAGAUUUUUUAAUCCGGAUAGUUCAAGUUAUUUAAAUAUUUUAUCUACAUUCGCCCAUCAAUAUACAUUAGAUGAAGAAAUGGGAAUAUCGGAUUCCACUGAGAUUCAAUAUGUAAUUAACGAUUGUCUAUUAAGACCAGAUAAUUAUGUUUUGAAACCACAGAGAGAAGGUGGAGGGAAUAAUUAUUUUGGAGAGGAACUUGUUCAGAAAUUAAAGUCAAUUAUGAAUCAUUCUGAAAGAAAACUGUAUGUACUUAUGGAGCGUAUACAACCAUAUAUUUUUGAAAAUUCUAUAUUGAAUUCAACUUCAGCUUCUGGAGAAUUAAAUGUCAAGAAAAUGGUUACUGAAUUAGGUAUUUUUGGUGCAAUUCUUGCGUGUAAAGAUGAAAUCUUCCUGAAUGAGUUUUCUGGUCACCUUCUUCGAUCAAAACCACUGGAAUCUAAUGAAGGUGGAAUAGUAGCAGGUUAUGGUUGCCUUGACUCUCCAUUCCUCGUUUAAUACGUUUCAAUUA